AAUAGCUUAUUAUGGUUCACUUUAGCUUCUUCUUUGAUUCGUCCUACUCCAGUCUGGUGUUGGAAGCAGAGGAGUGAGCCAUGGUGCACGUCAAUUUCUAUCGAAAUUAUGGAAAAACUUUUAAGAAGCCACGUCGUCCAUAUGAGAAGGAGCGUUUAGAUGCAGAGUUGAAACUUGUUGGAGAGUACGGGCUUCGAUGUAAGAGGGAGUUGUGGAGGGUUCAGUAUGCUCUCAGUCGUAUCCGUAAGGCGGCAAGAAUGCUUCUCACUCUUGAUGAGAAAAAUCCCCGACGUAUUUUUGAAGGCGAAGCCCUUCUUCGUAGAAUGAACAGAUAUGGUCUUUUGGAUGAGAGUCAGAACAAGCUUGAUUAUGUCCUUGCUCUGACGGUAGAGAACUUUCUUGAGCGCCGGCUUCAAACCCUCGUGUUUAAGUCUGGAAUGGCUAAAUCUAUUCACCAUGCUCGUGUGCUCAUAAGGCAAAAGCAUAUCAGGGUUGGGAGGCAAGUUGUGAACAUAGCAUCUUUCAUGGUGAGGGUUGACUCUCAAAAACACAUUGAUUUCUCCCUCACAAGUCCAUUCGGAGGUGGCCGCCCCGGAAGAGUGAAGCGAAAGAACCAAAAGGCCGCAAACAAAAAGAGUAGUGGUGGAGAUGGAGAUGAAGAGGACGAGGAGUAAGCAUUAGGGUCGGACCAACAGUAGGAAUAACUGAAUUUUUACUUCUCUGGUGCUUUUCUUUUUCAUUAAAUUUUCACAAAUGACUUGCAUUUUUGAAAUUUAAAGUUCUCAUGGAGUUUGGUAUACCUAUUUUAUUUUUUCAUGUUUGGUUUAUUAUUAAAUGAGAGAUUAUUUAGCAGUUUUAGAAA